AUGGCCACUUCCUGGGUCGCAGGUGCCUCCACUACGGCCACUGUGGAGGAGCCAACUGCUGUGGAGGAGCCAAAAGCUGUGGACAAGCACAGCUCUGAUACAUCUGAGGAGGCUGUCAAGGUCCAAAAGCCUAAAAAAGCCACCUCAGAGAAGGAGAAGCAGCAGCCAAAGAAGCAGCGUCGCUCUCUGCGCCUUCUCCAGCGCCAACGUAUGAAGGAAGAUGAGCGCCGAGCUGCCCGCCUCAUCAGACGCCAUAGGAACAGCUUUGCCAUUUAUUUUCCCAAGGUGCUACGAAGAGUCCAUGUGGGCUUCACCCUUUCUGAGCAGUCCGUGCGCAUCUUGGAUUCGUUCGUGAAGGAUAUGUUUGAAAGAAUCGCUACUGAAGCAAGCAACCUGGCCCGUAAAAACAAAACCUCAACGAUCAACUCUAGAGAGAUCCAGACUGCUGUGCAUCUUCUGCUUCCUGGCAAGAUCUGCAAGCAAGCGGUGGCUGAAGGCACCAUGGCGCUGGUCCGGUACAUCUCUAGCAAGUGA